AUGUGGCAAAAUGAAUCCGAAGAUGUAAAGUUUCAAUUUGAAAAACUUGCAGAUCAAAUGAAGGUCGAACAUCAAAAUGCUUAUCCCAACUAUGAAUAUCGGCCAAAAAAAAAAACACAAAGGUGGCAUCCACACAGAUUUAAUUCCCUUCCUAAUAAAAAAAGUAAUUUACCUGAUGAAGACAUUACUCAAAUAGCCAAAUCUGCUAUGUUGAAUUCAAACCCUUCAUAUCUUUCUCAACCACCACCUUUAUCACCACCUCCAUCAUUUAUUCUAGAAGAAGAGUUUUUGAAUUAUUCUACAACUGUUGAUUUUUCACCUUAUAUUGAACCAUAUAAUUUGAUUGAAUUUAACUUUUUUGAUUCCAUCAUGAAUUAA